ACUGUCAUUCUGAAAAAUGCAAGCUGCGGUGUUACCCAACUGUUUCAAGAAUUUUUAAAGUUACGUUUGAAAACGUAACAGGACUGUUUCCAAAUUUAACAUUCUAGUUACUGGAGUGUUAAGAUGAGUUCCAAGUAUCCGCCGUACCCGCCCUACGAGGCCUCCCCCGCCCCGCCCUCCGUGGCCGAGACCAUUGUCGCUGGCCACAGCUUGAGCGUGCAGCACAAAUCUGUGUUCCGCCCGCCGGUGCACGCGGUGCCAAAACCUGCUAGACCAAAAACACCAAAAGUAACCGAUGUUAAGAUAUCCCGACGCGCCAUGAGGGCGCAUGCUCGCUGCCUUCGUCGCCACGGUGCGGUGCUCACCGACCGCCUCGAGAGGCUGGCCAAGCCGCGCCGGCGCAAUAUCAUCUAUUUGUGGCGAGAACAUGCGGAAUCACUGCCUCCUGAAACAAUAGAACGGUUUCGGAACAUGCUCAACGCGGACGAGCCGUUCAAACCCGACCAGGCGUAUGAAUACUUUGUCACUUGCCGCAAAGCUAAGAAGAAGAAUGCGGCUCACUGCAGCCUCAUAAAGAAGGACACGCACGCGGUGGUGACGGACAAGCGCUUCUUAUGGGCGCGUAAUGCGACCGUGGCGUUCGCGCGCGGCAUCCAACAGAGAUUGUCCCGGCCCGGACGGUACACGCUGGCAGACGGGAUGCUACGCCUGUCCAAUGUGAUUUUGGACGAAACAUGCGGAUACAUGAAAAUGAGGACUCCAUCUCGGCGAUGUACCAAUUCUAAGGCUAAAUUUAUGAUGGAAAUGUCCGAUAAGAUUGCAGUUUGGAUUGAUGAGAUACUAUCAGAAUCUGAUGAUCGAAUGUUGAUGAUGGACUUUGAUGAGGACGAAGACAUACUGUUCCCAGGCAGAUGGGCAGCAGGCGGCGGCGGCGAUGAUUUUGCAGACGAUUUUCUAAACAUGAUGGGCGAAUCCAGCCUUCUAAGGGGACCCAGGCCUGCUUACCUACAGUUUGAAGGCGACAUGCUGGAGGCAUUUAAUAUUCUAACGGACUCGAUGCAAAAGAAAGGAGACGCUAACCUACUUUCCUAUGGCAAAUUCAACCAAACCUAUGCUGAAGGAGCCGAUGAGUUGAAACAGACUCCCGAUUUCACUGCUACGGAAUUUAACACCACAUUGGCCGGGCAGCUGCACAAGGAUCUCGCGGCUUGCGCCGCGCCGAAUACACCGGAUAAUAUCGCCCCCUCCAUGAAAGAAAUGGUUGAUAUAUGCUCAAAUUUUUUGGCACAACACGCAGAAUUUAACAAGGAUAAAGGGCCUGCCUUCAAAAUAUUGAUAAAAGAAAUUAAAAAGAAGUCCAAAGAUGAGCUUUACAAGAAAGGAAAAAUUAACCGCACCAAUGGACAAGCGGCAGUAAUACUUGAGAAAGCUAAAGGGUUGGAGGCCGACCAUGACGAUCCCAAUCUAUCUCAAGAUAUACAUUCGAAGUUAUCUAAUUCAGUGAAGACUGCUACUCCAGAUGAGCUGAAAACCGAUAUGGCUGAAACCGUGGACAUUUGCUCUAAGUUUCUGUCUCAGAAUGCUGUGGAUGAAGUGGAACGAGGACCUGCCUUUGACAUAUUGAUUAAGAAGUUGGAAGCGGAAGGGUCUCAGGAGUUUACACCACAGUUCAAGCCCUUGGAAACCAAUUUCAUCGCGGCAUAUGUACUAAAGUCGGCGCCAGGACUAACCAGCAUCACCCCUGAUCCGGAGACUGCUCCAAUUUUCAAGAAAGCUUUGCAAGCGGUGGCUGACGGCGUUUGUCCUCAAAAUUUGAAGCAGGAUAUGAGGGAGGUCGUCGAACGCUGUGCAAACUAUUUAUCAGCCUUCAUUCGUGACCGAGAAAAGGCUUUGCAGAUUGUGAUAAAUGCAAUGAAGAAGUCUCCAACUAAAGAAUUAGCUAAAAGGGGGUCUUAUACUAUGGACUACGGAAAUGGAGCCACGGAAACCGAAACUGCGCCUACAAUUGUUCCAUAUCUUCCCAUAAAAGAUAUAGCGGAUGAGAUGAAAGGAAAAUUAAACACGGAUACGGAAAGUGUAACUCCUGCAAACUUGAAAGUUGCGGUGAAAAGUGCGGUUGGAGACGUUUCUAAGCAUCUCUCACAGGGUACAGCUUUACGGAGCAAAACAGCCGGUGAAAGAUAUCCGCAGAACCUGUUGGCAGCAGUCAUGAAAUCAGCCGGGGACAAGGAACUUUACAAUCAAAAAGGCUACACUGAAACUUACGCAGGCGGUGGAACAGAGUUACAAUAUGCCGGUAAAUUAGAAGCUGAUCCAAAAGCAAAGGAUUUACAAAGCGAGAUCGAUGCUGAGCUACACAAAGGAGUGCCAGACAAAAUUGCCCCAACGAUCGCGCAAAGUUUGGGAGCUGAGGCUCUGGAGCACCUGACAAAAGAGAUGCAGAAAAAAGGCGAUGCUCCAUUGGCCAACCUCCAAGGCUAUGAACAAACUUAUAAAGAUGGUGCAAUAAGGAUUAAAAAUGCCGACUCUUUACACAACGACAAAGUGGAUAAAGGGGCGUAUGAAAAUGUACAUGGAAAACUCAAAACGCUAGUUGAGAACAACCCUGACCCGACGGUUGCGAAAGCUAUGCCGAGAGUGCUCGACGAAGUUUCUCAGUAUUUAGCAGCACCAUUACCCGAGACUGAGGCCGACAAGCGCAAGCUCCUGGGAGACUUGAUGGCGAGGAAGGAGGACCAAAUAUUAACGCAAGAAGGAGAUUAUAAAAUGACCUUUACUCAGGGCGGAAAAGAAAUUCAAAAGGCUCCUUUUGGGGUGACCACGUCACAAGACGAAAACAAGAAAAAGGAAAUCCAAGGUCAAAUUAACGCGGCCAUACCCAACAAAGAACUGAAAGAUCUUCUACACAGGGAGGCUAUGAAGCACCUCCAAAAUGGACUUAAAAAAGAAGGAGACAAAAGUUUCUUGAACGUUGGAAAGUUUGACAAGACUUACGAAGGUGCUGCAGAAAUGUUGCACAGAGCGCCAUCAUUUGGAGGAGAGAACCCUAACGGGACGAUUCGCGACGUGGUCCACAACCGUUUGGACAGUCUGGACAAGCGGGGCGCGUCAGAUUUAGCCAUGAAACAUAUGGACAAUGCCGUAAAUCUAGCAUCUAAUUACAUUUCUGACGUGGCUACCAAGGAAAGUGGUAUGACUGCAGCAGAAAUUGCCACGUGGAAAGCUUCAGGCGCAGGCGCGGGCGCGGGCACAGCAGCGGGCGCGGGCGCAUCCACGGCUGCGGACAUGGGAACAGUGCUGCUGACGAAGAGGCACGUCGCCGUGCUGCUGAGGCAGCAAGAAGGGCUGACGAAGAGGCACGUCGCCGUGCUGCUGAAGCAGCAGAAAGGGACAGUGCUGCUGACGAAGAGGCACGUCGCCGUGCUGCUGAGGCAGCAAGAAGAUGCCGACGAAGCGGAGCAGCAGGCUGCGUUGGGUAUUCUGCACAGGCAACUACAGGCCAAGGGCGGCGAAACGUUCUACAAACAUUCUCACUCCGAACUCUCGCACAAGGCCGCCUCGGAUUGGUUGAAGAAUCCAUCCGAAGUGCACCAAUCUGUGAAGGAGUCUGGCGAUACGUCGCGUUUGGCCAACAAGUUUGAGCGGAAGCUAGACACGCUUGUCAGUAGCAGUACUCCGGCUCAGCUGCAGGAUACCAUGACUGAUGUUGUCAUUGAAGCUUCACAUAGCCUUGCCGAAUUCUUUGUUGCUGAUAGUUACAAGGCGCUUGUGAAGGAUGGACUGAUAUAUGAAAUGCAAAAACAUGGGAACAAUACAUUGAUUGUCAAAAAUGAAAUGAAUGAGACUAAUUUCUUUGCUGCACAGAGGUUGAAGAAAAUGCAACAUUCUAUACCAGAGGCGCCAGAUGUAGAGCCAUCUCGAACUGUCGCUCAUCUGUCCAGGAAAUUAGAAGACACAAUCCGAUGUCGCACUAUGCCUCGCAAAUUAAUAGGCACUAUGAAAGAACACAUCCAAAAUACUGCUUACUAUUUGUCCGGCGUUGUGGGUAGACCAGAUCCGAGCAUUGAGGCCUACGUGGCGCUCCUGAAAGAGAUGGACACGCAGGGAAGCGCGCUGCUCGUUGAGGGAGCUAUCUCCAAAACGUACAAGGAUUCCGCAGCUUACCUUCGAUUAUUGACAUCGUAUGCAGAUCAGAUCAAUCUCUCUAACCUUCGUUUGGAAAGCAAUAUCUCAAACAAACUGACCAGAAUAAUGAAUAACGUGCCCGAAAGAGGAUACACUAAAUCCGACUUAGACGGUGUCAUACGCGCACAAACGAAAUUAUUGGUGUCGUACAUCAUGCUUCAAGAACAAAGGACGGCUCUGCUAAAACAAGUCGUAGACCGGCUUGCCUCUGCUCCUGAGGGUCUGCUGCUGCGGCACGGCACCGUUCGCCAGUCAAACGGAGAUGGAGCUCGCAUGCAAGUUUUCAACUACUUUUCUUUUCACAAAGGACAGUGGCGGAUUUGCCCUAAGGCCAAAUUAGCUGGAAAAAAUACAGAUCAGCUAACGGUGACCGGUGCAGAUCCCGUAGUGGAACGUAAAGUUCAAAACAAAAUUGUUUGUUUGAUGGAAGGAUUAGUACCCGAUAACCAAAAAGAGCUCAUGGAUGGUGUAAUUGCUGAUGCUACUCGGUAUCUUGCUGUUCAACUUUUACAACCACGUGUGAUCCAAGUGUGCAAGUGCAUGAAGAGCGUGUUCGUGCAAUGCGAGUUGUGGUGCGACGAGAUCUUCAGGCGCAUGUCGCGCCCGUGCUGCACAUGCUCGCGGCAGCUGGUGAUGGAUACACUGUCAGAUCUAGCGCCUCACGAGCGGCUCCAAUCGUCAACUCGGGGAGAUCGCGCCUACGGGCCCGGUGUCGAUAUCACCAUCAGGCCCUGCCCUGCGCCCACAUGCCCCGCGAACGACCCCACAUGCCCCGCGGACGCCCCAACAGAGGGCUGCCAGACCUCCUAUAUGCUCUACUCCACCGAGUACAGCCGCCAGCGCCAGUACCUCGAUUCGCCGACCAAACUCGCACGCUCAUCCUUCCGCGACACCAACGUCCAGCCUCCUAGCCCCAUCAGCGACUUGUCCCUCGAAGUGUUAAAUCAAUAUUCUUCGUCUCCAACUCCAUCUUCCGAAGAACCUACAUCUGAAUCUACACCCUCGAGCUCAUUCUUUUUAACCCAAUCGAACUCUGAGGACAUAUCUAAGUCCUGGUCUUACCAUACAACAUCGGCACCAUCUGCCGAUAAAUCUGGUGCCUUUGAAGCUACCAGGUCACCGCCGGGCUUCGCUUGGAAGCAAUCUAAUCCGGGAACACUAUUCUCUGAGACGGGAUAUACUCGUACUGACAGGUCAAAUCCAGAUUCAAAUGUUUCAGGCAUACCGGUGAUCUCAACCGAUCAAAUGGGCGACUGGCACGCCAUGAUGGUGAGCCUGACGUGGAACGUGCAAGCCUGGCGCAAGUGGAUACAAGAGACCGUGGACCGCGCGCUGUCAUAUCAGUACAAUAGUCAUUUGACAGAUACAUCUACAGAAUCCUGGAAUGAUUUUCAGAGAAAAAUAACUACAGAGGCCUUACAAUGGCGCCAGUACAAUCUUUUCAGUCGGCAGUUGAUUCUACGACUUGUUCUCCGGUACCAGGAUAAAAAGAUCGUCUCUCCGACCAGAGGGACUGUUAAGAAUAAAAAUUACAUGGACUGUCAAAAACAAAUGUUGCAAGUUAUCGACAUGUUCAAGAAAUGGACCCACUUUAUAUCUGUCACAGUAAAGGAGACCGAUUCAUUACGACUGCCACCACCCACUACGGACUCAGAGCAACCAGAUUUGCGAUGGAAUUACUUCAAAAGUAAAGUGGAGGAAUAUGCAGAAGAUUGGAAAAACUUCAAUACGCAAAUCAUUAAAUUAAAUUGGGAAAACCACUUCAUGGGACUCAUUCCAGAAUGGAUAUCACUGUGGAAAUCAGGCGGGCCGGUGUGGGUGGUGAGCGCGUGCGGAGCCGUGCCGAGUGGCGCGGUGAAGGCCGACGAGGCCACCUGGGUCGCGCGCACCACGCACCGCGGCCGCGUGCUGCCCGCCGCCCUGCGGCCCUUCAAUCACUGCUGCGUUCUGUACGCGCAGGGCGCCGUGCACCACUAUACCAAGUACCAGGUACUAUGCAACGCGGACGUGGAGUGGAUCCCUUGGCGCUCGGGCGGCUCGGUGCCGACGCGGUCGGUGGUGGUGGCGCCGCGCGUGCUGGUGGGGCGCGUGCGCUACCGCGGCUCGUUCCUGCUCGGCGCGGUGCCGGCGCCACACUACCGCUGCCACAUCGUCAUCCUCGGCCGUCCGUUCGCAGUCAACACCUACGAGCUGUUGGUGUUGGUGGACACGGACACGUAAUCUGACACUGAAUCUGAGUGACCUAUCCAGAAAUUUUAAGUGAGCUUUGAAAUUUAAACGUUUGGAGUCGCAGGCUACGUGCCAAAUCGGGGUCGGCGUUUGAAAAGUCGGGGAUUGGAAAAUCGGAGUAUUAGCAACGUAUUUUUAUUGUAUUUAGAUUGAGCGAUGGAAAUUAUGCAAUAUAGGUACUUACCUACUUAAGUUAUUGCUGUAUAAACUAGGUAACAAAUUGAUUUAUAGUAUAAUUACUAGGAGCGGACAAUCUUUCUCAUAGUGAAAUUAAUUGUGAACGUUAUGUGAAUGUUUAGAU